AAGGUGAGUACAUAAAAGUGAUUAAAUACUUAGUGAGCGAGAGUGGGUAUCCGGGACAGUCUCCGGGAAGAGGGUAUCAGGCUAUUUUCUUUCUCCCCGAGCUCUGUGGCGCUUGUUGCCGGUUUGGAGACCUUUCUCGAUGUCGGACUGACGGUUGAUCCCACGACGGAAGGCCGAGGGCGCAAGGGAGGUCCCGUGAUGCCACGCACUGGAGGAGGCUUGGACGUCGAAGCAAGACGCGUCGGCACCGGCUUCGGUUGGAUUUUGGAGGUGUUUUCGCCGGAUGGCUUGCGUUCACGACUGUGAUCCAGUCCGGACUCGGAGGCGAUAGACGACGGGCGGGAGAUCCGGGUAGACUGCACCGACGAAUCUCGACGCACCAUGGGUUUGACUCCGCUCCCAGCAAUACUGCCGCUUGGUCUGUGAAGACUGGGCCGCCGUUUGUGCUGAAAAGCGGUUACACUUCACAAAGUCUCGAGAUCGAUAAGCAAGACACACCAGAUCGAGCUCUUGCUGUUUCGAGUCCAGAGUCGCAUUCAAGCCCGCCAAAUCUUGCGUAUGUUGCUCGCUCAUCUGGGCGACGAGAACAUCUUUGUCGAUGGCCUGUUGCUCGAGUUCUCGGUUCCGAUCUUCCAGCUCUUUGAACUUGAGUUGGAGCUGCUCGAUGUCCAUGGCUGCUCUCCGCCUGUCUUC